AAAAUCCACCGAGCAAAGAACACGCUUUGAGUAAAGGGGGAGAAAAAAUCCAAGGAGAAGAAGAGGAGGAGAGCCGAGAGCGAGGAGAGGAGGAGAGGUUGGGGAUUUCUAGGGUUUUCGGUGGCUCGCCGGGAGGAAUAACUGCCAUGGCGUUCCGAAGAGCUUCUCCCUUUCUUCAUCUUCCUUUCUUCCUUUUAUUAUUCUUCGUUGUUUCAGAUCUUAUGGUUGCGAUGGCGGCGGAUGACAUCUCUCACGAUGACGCGGAGGCCCCCAAAUCCCCCGCAUGCAACAAUAAAUUCCAGCUGGUUAAGAUAAAGAAAUGGGUGAAUGGGACCGAAGACACUGGCAUUGUUGGACUAAGUGCCAGAUUUGGCGCUUCCUUGCCUGGUCAUGCUUCUGAAGCUAUAAAAACAGCUGCUGCUCUUGCAAAUCCUUUUAACUGCUGCACUAAUUUGUCAUCAAAGGUUUCCAACUAUCU